UCUAGUAAAGUCAUGAAUGAUCACGAAAGUUAAACCAGGGAAAAAAGAUGACGUUUACCCAGAAAAAUGGAAAGUGGAAAUUGUAGACAAGCAAAGUUACCUAACAAUGAGGAUCAUACCCUUUUUAAUGUGAUGGAACUGAAAUCCCAGCCAUGAAAACCUUGGGAACCCACAAGGUCACAAAGCAUUAAAAUCAUGUGGGACAAAUGAAAGGACACGAGUUACAAUGUCAGACUUUGUAGUUUAAAUCUCUUUUCAUUUUCUCAUCCUUAGAUCUAGCCUUAGUGCUCUGAAGAUCCUCUGCCAAAAAGAUCCAAAACCCUUUUCUUAUCCUUUGUUUCCUUUUAUCACUCAAAUCUUAGACCAACUCUGCCAUAUUGAGUCUUUUAUGUGCUUUUACAGCUAAGUCUGUUGCUGAAAAUUGGCACAACUCCAAGCUCCAAAUGCAUGCAGCUCAAGUUCAAGGUACAUAGAACCAACACGCCUCAGUAUUCUCUGAACUUUCGUGAAAGCUACUUGCUUUUCUCAUCCCAAGGUAUAUAAUAUAUAAACAACUUCAGUAAAAAAAAGAUCGUGUGAAGCAUAAGCUGCUAAAGAAAAACUUGAUCUUUUUAUUAAUACUUUAAAGGGAUUGCCAAAAAAAACUAUGGUUAGAUUCUGCUGGAGACCAGCUGCGGUGGGUGAUGAUGGAGAUGUGAAUGGUCGAGUUGAAGGGCUGCUAUGGUACAAGGAUUUGGGGAACCAUCUUUAUGGGGAUUUCUCAAUGGCUGUGAUUCAAGCUAAUAGUUCGUUGGAGGAUCGUAGCCAACUUGAAUCUGGACCAUUGACUUCGGACUAUUUGGGUCCUCAAGGAACCUUCAUAGGUGUAUAUGAUGGUCAUGGUGGCACCGCAGCCUCGCAGUUUGUCAGUGACAAUCUUUUCUGCAAUUUCAAGAAUUUUGCAGGUGAACAUCAAGGCAUAUCGGAGAAUGUUAUACAAAGAGCCUUUUCAGCAACAGAAGAGGGUUUUCUGUCUGUUGUGAGGAAACAGUGGCUAAGCAAGCCACAGAUUGCAUCCGCAGGUACAUGUUGUUUGGCGGGGAUAAUUUGCAAUGGCAUGCUAUACGUUGCAAAUGCGGGAGACUCGAGGGCAGUGUUGGGGCGAGUGGAGAGAGCAACAAGGGAAACAACAACCAUUCAAUUGUCUGCAGAGCACAACGUUAACAUCCAAACUGAGAGAGAUGAAGUUCGGACAAAGCACCCUUAUGAUCCACAAAUCGUGGUUAUGAAACACAAUGUUUGGCGUGUGAAAGGCAUCAUACAGGUUUCAAGAUCCAUAGGUGAUGCAUAUCUGAAGAAAGACGAAUUCAACAGGGAGCCUCUACCGAACAAGUUUAGACUAUCAGAGCCCUUCUCUAAGCCAAUUCUUAGUUAUGAACCAGCAAUAUCAGUGCAUAAACUUCGCCCUGAAGAUCAAUUUAUCAUCUUUGCUUCUGACGGUUUAUGGGAGCAACUCAGCAACCAAGAGGUUGUGAAUAUAGUCAGCAAUAGCCCACGGAAUGGAAUUGCUAGGCGGCUUGUGAAAGCUGCGCUUCGAGUAGCGGCUAGGAAGAGAGAAAUGAGAGUCUCAGACCUUCAAAAGAUUGAACAAGGAGUGAGGAGACACUUCCACGAUGACAUCACAGUUAUUGUUGUAUUUCUAAAUCACAAACUCAUUGAUAAUAGCUCUCUCUUGGCUUCUCCUCUUUCAAUUAAAGGAGGUGGCUCAGCCAGUUUUUAGUUCAAACAAUUAUGCGCUUCCUGUUUACAACAGAAAUUGUUACCUAAAGAGGAAAAAGAAGAUACGCAAAUAACAGUAACAUCACACUACCACAACCGCAGCAUACUUUUCCAUGUCCUUAAAGCAGUUUGUGAUUAUUGUUGAAGCUUGAAGAUUGUCAUGGUUUAAAUCUUUCAAAACCUAUGGUCAAAGGAUAUACUAAAAAGAGGUGCAUCUACACAGAUUGUUCCCAACUCCACCACCAAAAAGAUAAACAGAAAAGUCAUUGGUAGUUUUAUAAUAACUCACAUACCAUAUUCUACCAACUAAGUUAGAUCCCUUUAACAAGUUAUUGGUAGUAUGAUAACAUUGUGCUGACAGAAGAAUUUAUGUAAAUAGUAACAAUUUACAUAUAUGGAGACUAAAAUAAAGCAAUUAUCACUAUAAACAAUCAGCUUUAAAAUCUCUCUCUAGUCUGUACCGUUAACUUUGUGCUGAUAGAAGAAUUUAUGUAAAUAUUAGCAAUGAUGACAUUGUGCUGAUAGAAGAAUUUAUGUAAAAUGGUAACAAUUUUCCGACUUUUGUUCCGUUU